AUGCAAUCGUUACAUUAUAAUAGUGGUUCAAUUAAGCUAACACGAGAACGAGCAACAAUGGUUUCUCGUUGGGAAGCAAAUGAAGUAGCAAGAUGGAUUGGAGGUCUUGCUGGCAUUGAAGAUAAUAUAAGUGAUUUAUUUCUGAAACAUAAUAUUGAUGGUACAGCUUUAACUCUUCUUCUUCGUGAAGAUCUUAUUCGUAUGGGAAUAAAAAAACUUGAUCAACAACUUAUUUUAAUACAAUCUAUUGAUCUUCUCCUUACACUUGUCAGUCGUUUAACUAGUGAAACACUUGCUUUACUCUUUAUGCAUAUACAUUGUGCAGCAACAACGUGUCAUAACAUGAUAAAACGACUUGAUGAUAAAGAAUCAUCAAAUAAUAGUAACGUAUUGAAUUCACCGGAAUUUUAUGCAUCAAUUAGUAAUUUAUCGGAUACAAUUGUCGUUACUUGUCAUUGGCUUGGAAGAUUACCAUUUAUUGAAAAUAUUGAAUAUAUUGAAUUGCGUCGAAAAAUAAUCAAAGUUUUAGUUCAGAUACGUAUGUUACUUCGUAAUUUACGACUUGUUGACCAUAUUAAUAUGCCAAAAUCGAAAUUAAUAUUAGAAAUUAGUGAAUUACGAACAACAGCUAUAGGAUUAGUUCGACAAAAUAAAGAUUCCCUAUUUUCAUCAGAUUGUUAUUUAACACGAGUCCAUUUACGACGUCCAAUUAAAGAUGAUGUGACUAUUGAAUAUACAACAAUGCCUGAUUUUACUCAUGUUAUAUCAAGUAUUGAGACAGAAGCUAUGAGUUUUAUGGGAUCAGGUUUCAGUGCAAUUAAUAUUGGAGAUGAGAUUAUAGAAAUCAAUAAUCAAGUUGUUAUCGGUUGGGAUCCAAAACAUUUCAAUGAAUUACUUCGUACAUCAACACAAUCAAAUGAAAUUUGUUUAUUAGUUAAAAAAAUGCCUCGACAUAAUGAUGAUGAAGUAUAUACAAAACGUCUUGUUGAUGGUCCACAAAAUCCUCGACGUUCACGUGCUCGUGGUGCUUUAGAACGACGAAAACAACAAACACAAGAAAAUCGAACUAUCUUGUUAGAACAAGAAGGGGAGAUUGACAUUGAAAGUGAUGAUGAAACUCUAUAUCAAAGUAAACGUUCUUCACAAAUCAAACGUGAUCAACAUUCAUCAUUACCUGAUCUGACAGAAACACUUGUUAAUAGUAAUAAUGUAUAUGAAAGCAGUGAAAAUUCUAAUCACAGUGAACUAGCAUCCGAGUCACCUGUAUCUACGAAUCCUUUAAUGUCAUCGGCAUCUCCAAAUAAAUUAGAUUCAAAACGAAAGAAUAUUGAACGACCGCAAUCUGCUAGUUCCAAUCAAUCAACACCGAAAAGUCAAAGAAAGAUGGGUAUUGAAUCGUAUAUUUCAACACUUUUUCGUCCUCGACAAGAUACUAAAUCAGUUAUUGCUGAUAUGAAUAAUCAUACAAAUAAAGAUCAUCCACAAUUAGUUAAUAUUAAACGUAUUGAAUCAAUAUAUAAUCAAAAUUCAGCGAAUAAUUCUACAUCAUCAUUAUAUGAUGAUCAAAUAUCUUCAUCACCUCCAAUAAUAUCAGGAGCAUCAAUGAAUAAAAGUGCUAGUCAAACAAGUUUACAAACAACAUCAUCAACAAUCUCAUCAUUUUCAAGUAUAUUUAAAUCAUCAGAGUCAUCAGAAAAAGGUCGUACAAAACGAUCUAGUGGUGAUACUGGAAAAGCCACGACAUUUCGAAAUGAAUUAAAAAUGGAACUAUGUUCAAUUUUUGGUAAUAAUAAUAAUAAUAAUUCUAACGUUGUAACAAAUAAACCACCAUUAAAUCAUAGUGAUAGCCGAAAAAAUUCUGAUUCUGUAGAACGACGUCGUCCAAAACGUACACACUUGGGUAAAGGUGAUUGUGAAGGUUUUCUUUAUCGUUAUUUACCGAAAGGAACAAUAUCAUUUUCACCAUGGAAACUCUAUUGGUGUGUUUUAAAAGGUGGUACUUUAUAUAUAUUUAAAUCAAAAGACGAUAAAACUCAAGAGCUUGACAUAAAACUUGAAGGAAAAAAUGUUUCACCAGCACCAGAAAGAAAAAAAAAUGGUUUUCGUGUUGCUGAUGAUAAUAAUAAUUAUAAAUGUGAAUAUUUUUAUUGUUCAACACGUGAUGAAAUGGCUAAAUGGAUGAAUAAAAUGGGUUUAGCAGCUAUUAAUUUUAAUAUUGAUGAUUCAAAAAUAGCUGGUUUUAAUAAAGGUUUUGUUGAUUCACGUGAAUGUUCACCAGCAACAACACCAAUUAUUGGUCCUCAUAAAUUAUCAAAUACUAAACAUCAUCGAAAAACACAAAUAAGUUCAGCUGGUGAUAGUGAAAAUGAUUCCGAUAAAGAAUCAAUUGUAUCAUGGCAAAAAUCUAUUUCACAUAAUAGUAGUAUUUCAGAUAUUGAAUCAAUAAAAGAUAAAAAUUUAGCUGAUAAUGAUAAACAAAUUGAUUUAUCAUCUGUUAGUCGUCAUACACGUUCAUCGUCAUCAACAUCAUUAUUAUCAUUACCAGAAACAAAUGCUUAUCCAAUAAAAUCAGUUACAAAUCAUUUUAUUAGUCAUAUAGAUAAAAUCUCACCAAGUAAAGGUCAUCAUCGAACAUCUAGUUCACCUAUACAAAUACUACCGUCAUAUGAAAAACCUAAUCAAGAAAAUGUUUUUGUUCAUACAGCACCAAGAUCGUCAGAUUCAGAUUCAUCAAAUGAUCAUUCUCAUCAACGUAUAUUUAUUAAUAGUAAAAUUUUGAAUGAUAAUCAAACACAAGAAGUUGUUCGAUCUUCAUAUAAGCAUCCAUCAUUAAUGCUUAAUUCAUCAGGUGGUUUUUCAACUCCAAUUUCUGUUGUAUCUUCAACAUCCAAUGAUAAAACUCCAUCGUUUUCUUCACCACCAAUAACAUCAUCGUCACAGCGACCUUCUGAAAAUAAUGUUUUUCCUCUUGGUGAUGAAGACCUUUCUUCACCAUCAUCACGAUCAACAAGCUUUUGUUUUGAUAGACCUAAUUCAUUAUCUGAAGAUGCAUCCUCACCUGUCUUUCAAACAGAACAUUUUUCACCUCCAAUUAAUAAUAAUUCACAACGAUCAAUGUUAAAUUCUUCAUCAUCUUCAUCAUCAGCAUUAUCAUUACAACAAUAUUCACCAGCUAUUGUACGAACAGCUCCAUUGUAUAUAUCUGUAUAUUCUACAACACCACCAUUACCUAUUGUCAAAGGUACAGUUUCAUCAUCAGCUCCUCCAACAAAUGAUGAUGAAUCAUUUUUUACACAUCGUUCGCCCUCACCACAACAAACAUCAAUGUUAAGAAAAAGUGAACCACUAAAUAAUACAAAUAGAAAUGCCACAACUUCAUCUAAUGUAAAUUUUCAACAACAAUCACCAACAUCGUCAUCAUCAGUUUAUAAUUUUAAUCGGUAUUUAGCAAAAUCAUAUGAAGAACAACAAAAACAAUAA